ACACGCACGGGUCGCGUCCUCAGCCAGGCACAGAGUCCGUUUAUUUUUACUCCUCCCUACCCCCGCCCUCCCCCAAGAAAGAACGCACCGCUCGCGGCCGGAGGCAGUUGGAAUCCUCCAUUCGAGGUGAGGAGGUGUCGAACAAAACAAAUCCAACAACCACCCCCGGCAAACACACAGAGUAAGGGGGCUCCGAUCGUGAAGCUCCUUCGCUCACAGCCGAGUGUCUGAUCUCAGACACCGGCAUCAAGCCCGGCUCUCUUUCUCCGUCAACAGGUUAGUGGGUAUCAACCGCCAGAAGGAGCUUUCGGCCGUUUUAUUCACCCCCCGCCAAGGCGCAAGUUUGUAUCGAGAGGAGCCUUUCACUUGGCUUGGGAGUCCGGCCUAGUUUGGGAAAGAGGUCAAUCUCAGUUGAAGUGGACUUGUCAAGUGUAAGUGCACAACCAUGUAAAUUUUACAACAGAAGUACCUCCAUCAUUAUUAACAUGGGUUUUCUGAGACCAAAACAACUUUGACCUAACAGUUUCAAAUAUUAGGAAGAAAGUAAAAAGGUUUCAGUUUUAAUCAUGACUACCUCACACAUGAAUGGACAUAUUACAGAGGAACCAGAAAGUGAGAUGAAGAACAUAGACCUUCUUUCUCAUGAUGAGCCACCAAGGCACAGAGAAAUGGCAGUGGAUUGUCCUGAUGACUUGGGUUCACGGACCAUGCCUGUACGCCGAAGCGCUCAGUUGGAAAGAAUUCGCCAACAACAGGACGACAUGCGUCGUAGACGAGAAGAAGACGGAAAGAAGCAAGAGUUUGAACUUAAUUCUUCCAUUCGACUGAAAAAACUAGCCCAAGUUCAACCAAAAGUGGGCAUUGAUAACCCUACAUUUGAGGAUAUUUUAGAAGGACCUAGCAACACGGUUAAAGUUCUAGAAAUAGAUGAACUGCUGUCUUCUCUAAAACACAUACAACACAGCCUAGUUGACAGCCAGAGUCAGGAUGAUGUGACUCUCAUUUUGCAACUGGUUCAGAACCGGGAUUUUCAAAAUGCCUUCAACAUUCACAAUGCAGUAGCUAUUCACAUGCACAAGAUGAGUCCACCAUACCCUGUGAGUGGCAAUGCACAGGAUCUAUCCCAGGAGGUGCAGAAGAUUUUGACCAUUAGUCACCAGAAAGAUGGACAGGAACUCUGUGCUCUUCUUGCAUCACCUCACUUUGAAGCACUACUUCAAGCCCAUGAUGGAGUAGCACAGCAAGAAAUGCUACUAGAACCGUCAAACAAUGACCAUGUGUAUGAGCGAGUAGCUGAGUAUGGAGGAGAGACUGUGAAAAUUGUUCGGAUUGAGAAAGCACGUGAUAUUCCCCUUGGAGCUACAGUACGUAAUGAUGUGGAAUCUGUCAUUAUCAGUCGUAUUGUGAAGGGUGGUGCUGCAGAGAAGAGUGGUGUAUUGCACGAAGGGGAUGAAGUUCUUGAAAUAAAUGGGAUUGAGAUUCGUGGAAAGGAUGUUAAUGAGGUGUUUGAUUUGCUGGCUGAUAUGCAUGGUACACUGACAUUUGUGUUGAUUCCCAGUCAGCAGACCAAAAAUCCUCCUGCCAAAGAGAUGGUGGUACACGUGAAAGCCCAUUUUGAUUACGACCCUUCAGAUGAUCCUUAUAUUCCCUGUCGUGAGCUGGGGCUGUCUUUUCAGAAAGGAGAUGUGCUUCAUGUGAUAAGUCAAGAAGAUCCCAACUGGUGGCAAGCUUACAGAGAUGGAGAUGAAGAUAAUCAGCCAUUAGCUGGACUUAUUCCAGGGAAAAGCUUCCAGCAACAAAGAGAAGCCAUGAAACAAACCAUUGAGGAAGACAAAGAGCCAGAGAAAUCAGGUAAACUUUGGUGUGCUAAGAAAAAUAAGAAGAAACGGAAGAAGGUGCUGUACAAUGCAAAUCGAAAUGAUGACUACGAUAAUGAUGAGAUCUUGACCUAUGAAGAAAUGUCGCUCUAUCACCAACCUGCAAGCAGAAAAAGGCCAAUUGUUUUGAUUGGCCCACCAAACUGUGGUCAGAAUGAACUAAGGCAGAAAUUGAUGGAAAGAGAGGUUGAUCGUUUUGCUCUAGCAGUACCUCAUACAACGCGUUCUAUGAGAGAUGAAGAAGUAAAUGGGCGUGAUUACCUUUUCGUGUCACGGCAAUUUUUUGAAGCAGACAUGGCAGCUAACAAAUUCAUUGAACAUGGAGAAUAUGAAAAGAACCUAUAUGGCACCAGUAUUGAUUCAGUGAGACAAGUGAUCAAUUCUGGAAAAAUAUGCCUAUUAAAUUUACAUACCCAGUCGUUGAGAAUUCUGCGCAAUUCAGAUUUAAAACCUUAUAUAAUCUUUAUUGCACCACCUUCCCAGGAGAGAUUGCGUGCAAUGCUGGUCAAAGAGGGGAAAAAUCCAAAGCCUGAAGAUCUACGGGAUAUCAUAGAAAAGGCAAGGGAAAUGGAGCAAAACUAUGGGCACUAUUUUGAUGCAGCUGUUGUUAACACUGACUUGGAGAAGGCAUACCAAGAGUUAAUUCGCCUCAUAAACAAGCUUGACACAGAGCCUCAAUGGGUUCCAUCAACAUGGCUUCGGUGAGGAGCAAAUCAUCAGUUUACAAGUCCUCUUUUCAGCAGUUUGGCAGAAAGUGAUCAUUAAUGAAAAACAGAGUAAAAGAAGAAUUAACAAGACAUUCCAUUUUACGCCAGCGCUUGGUGAUAGAAAUACUCAUGUAAUUACUAUUCAAUAACUAUUUAUAAUGUAAAUAUAGAUACAAUUCUGGCAUUAGUUAUCUUUGGAUCACCCUGUACAUAAUCCUAGGUUCAGGCUGUACUGAUUUGACCUUUUUAGGUAUUUUUAUAUUUUUUAAGGUUUCGGCUUUGUGGACAGCUCUUUUCAAGCACUGUUCCAGCGUCUUUCAUGAGGAAUAAGUACGUAGGCGACAAAAUAUAUUUUUAUGAAAUAAAGUAGAAUUCACAAAUUCCAUCGCACCAAUUUUUUUGUUUUUAAUAUAUAUUAUGAUAGACAUCAUUUUCUCAUUCCUCCUAAAUUGGAGUAAUUCAGAGGCUUAUUCAUUCGGAAUGUGUAAUAGUUUUAAGAUGUGUUAAUGAGAACCUGAUGUAUACUGACUAAUAAAUUGCUUGUGAUCAGAAUUUUUGAUCAAAGACUGGAAUAGAAUUAUUGAAUGUAAUUACUGUACAAUAAAGCAUAAUUGGCACAACAGGCACCCAAAACUGCUGCCUUUUCAAAAAUAAAUUGUCAAAUGUGAAUGUCUUAAUUUAAAAUGAUGUGUUUGUCUUGUUGAAAUUUCUUCACAUGCAAUUUUUAUUAUUAACGAUGUUUUGUCUUUUCUCUUCUGAGAGUAAUGUUUUUAAACACUGGAAUUUUAUGACCGUUACAGCUGGAGUUGGCUGAUCAGUCUCCAAAAAUGAUGUGUUGUUGAAAUUUUGCCGAGACUGUAUUUUGUACAAAAUAUUUUUUCCCAGUAUUAAACUAAUAGUGCAGCAGCACUGGAGAUGUGGUGUGGUUUUCUACCUUGGAUGCUCAUCCGCUUGUGCUAAAGCAAAGUAGCAUCUAUGAAUGGUUGAGGUGAUGCAGACUGCACGCCAAGUGGGAUGUUACUGAAGGAAAAGCGUUGACAUGCCAACCCUUUUGGCUUCAAUCAAGAUUGUGGCACAGGCAUUUGAAUAACGCAUGUGCAAAUUAUGUGGAUUUUAACUUAAGGAAUCUAUCUUUGAGAGGUACUAUCUAAGCUUGUAAUAUAUCUGCAUUCACAUGUAUAAACAAACUAUUUUCAG